UCGGGCGAAGCGAGGCCGCGCCGCUCCUCCGCCGCCCGAAGGCGAAACGUUCGGCCGGGCAGCCCGGGCCCCGCGAGUGGCGGUCGGCGGUGGAGGAGGAGCCAGGCCGGGUGACCUCCCCUCCGGCGCGGGAUUGCUUUUAUUGAUCACUUGUCAUGGCAGCAGGAGGUGGUCCCUUUGAAGAAGGCAUGAAUGACCAGGGCUUGCCCAGCUGGAGCAAUGAGAGCCUUGACGACCGGCUGAACAACACAGACUGGGGAGGUCAACAGAAGAAAGCAAACAGAUCUUCAGAGAAAAACAAGAAAAAGCUUAGUGGGGAAGGUGAAACAAGACUUACUAAUGACAUAUCUCCAGAAUCUUCCCCUGGAAUGGAGCGACGGAAGACCAGAACUCACGGCUUUCCUCAUGCUCGAUACAUGACUCAGAUGUCUGUUCCAGAGCAGGCUGAACUAGAAAGGCUUAAACAAAGAAUAAACUUCAGUGAUCUGGAUCAGAGAAGCAUUGGAAGUGAUUCGCAAGGCAGGGCAACGGCUGCUAAUAACAAACGUCAACUUAACGAGAACAAGAAACCAUUCAACUUCCUGUCACUACAGAUUAACACUAACAAAAGCAAAGAUCCUGCCUCAGGUUCCCAAAAAAAGGAAGGUGGGGUAUCAGCGCAAUGUAAAGAGUUGUUUGGAGCUGCUCUAAGCAAGGAUUUCUUGCAAAAUUGUCAAACAUCUGCUCAAGAAGAUGGAAGGGGAGAACAAACGAUGGAUAGUAGCCAGAUUGUGAGCAGACUAGUUCAGAUUCGCGACUAUAUUGCUAAGGCCAGCUCCAUGCGGGAUGAUCUUGUAGAGAAAAAUGAGAGAUCGGCCAAUGUUGAGCGUUUAUCGCACCUUAUAGAUGACCUUAAAGAGCAGGAGAAAUCCUAUCUGAAAUUUUUGCAAAAGAUGCUUGCCAGAGAUCCUCAGCAGGAAGCUAAAGAAGAGUUGGAGAACUUGAAGAAACAGCAUGAUUUAUUGAAAAGGAUGCUACAACAGCAGGAGGAAUUAAAGGCUCUUCAAGGAAGACAGGCAGCUCUUCUUGCUUUGCAGCAUAAAGCAGAACAAGCCAUUGCUGUCCUGGAUGAUUCUGUUGUAACAGAAACUACAGGUAGUGUUUCAGGAGUAAGUCUUACAUCAGAACUGAAUGAAGAAUUGAAUGACUUAAUUCAACGCUUUCACAACCAACUUCAUGAUUCUCAGACACAGUCUGUGCCUGACAAUAGAAGGCAAGCAGAAAGCCUUUCACUUACCAGAGAGAUUUCACAAAGCAGAAACUCUUCAAUGUCUGAACACCAGUCAGAUGAGAAGGCACAGCUUUUUAACAAGAUGCGAAUGUUGCAGGGUAAAAAGCAAAAGAUGGACAAACUCCUAGGAGAACUUCAUACACUUCGUGAUCAACAUCUAAACAACUCUUCCUUUUUUCCUGCUUCAGGUUCUCCUCAAAGGAGUGUUGAUCAAAGAAGUACAACUUCAGCUGCUUCUGGUCCUGUAGGCAUAGUAACUGUCGUCAAUGGUGAACCAAAUAGUCUGGCACCUGCUCCCUAUCCUCCUGAUUCCCUGGUUUCUCAGAAUGAGAGUGAAGAGGACGAAAAUCUAAAUCCAACAGAAAAGCUUCAGAAGCUAAAUGAGGUUCGUAAGAGACUGAAUGAGUUACGUGAAUUAGUUCACUACUAUGAGCAGACAUCUGAUAUGAUGACAGAUGCUGUGAAUGAAAACACUAAGGAGGAGGAAGAAACAGAAGAAUCAGAAAGUGAUUCUGAACAUGAGCAUCCACAGCCUGUUACAAAUAUUAGAAACCCUCAAGGAAUCAGUAGUUGGAGUGAAAUAAAUAGCAACUCAAAUGUACAGUGUGGAACUAAUAACAGAGAUGGAAGACAUCUUAAUACAGACUGUGAAAUAAACAACAGAUCUGCUGCUAAUAUAAGGACUCUAAAAAUGUCUUCUGCUUUAGACUGUCAUAAUAGGGAGAAUGACAAACACCUCGAUCUACCCCAAGGUGAAGAUGAUGAAGUGGAAGAAGAUCGAGUUAGUGAAGAUUCCAUGUCUAGUCACAGAAGCAGCCUGGGUGAUGUGGCUGGAGAUGCCGAGUUUGAGCAGAAGAUCAAUAGACUUAUAGCUGCAAAACAGAAGCUUAGACAGUUACAAAACCUUGCUGCUAUGGUGCAGUGUGAUGAUCCAGAACCUCAAGGAGCAAUUGCAAAUGAAUCUAAUAUUGGUGACUUGUUGGGUGAGGGGGAAGAGACAAAGCAGCAGCCAAACAAUGUCCGAGCAAGUUCCAACAAGUUAAAAAAAGAUGUGCGACUGAAUGAGAAAGCAAGAGAGAAGUUCUAUGAAGCUAAACUUCAGCAGCAGCAACGGGAGCUUAAGCAGUUACAAGAAGAAAGAAGAAAGCUGUUUGAAAUCCAGGAAAAAAUUCAAGUGUUACAGAAAGCUUGUCCUGACCUUCAAUUGUCAGGUGGGCUGGGUAACUGCCCAGCAGAUAGACAAUCUUCACAAGCAACAUCAACUCCAGCCAUGACUGAGUGUAACACAGCUGGCAAGCCUUUAUUUGAAUGUGAUGAAUCAUUACCAGUAGGCAAUGAGCAGUUAUGGUCUGAGAUGAGAAGACAUGAGAUUUUAAGAGAAGAAUUGCGACAGAGAAGAAAGCAACUUGAAGCUUUAAUGGCUGAAGAUCAGAGAAGGAGAGAGCUUGCAGAAACAAUAUCUACUGUUGCUGCAUCUGUUAAAAGUGAAGGGUCAGAAGCUCGGUGUACUCCACAGCAGAGCAGGACUGAGAAGACAAUGGCUACCUGGGGAGGUUCUACCCAGUGUGCCCUAGAGGAAGAAAAUGGAGAUGAAGAUGGUUAUCUCUCUGAUGGAGCUGGUCAGGCAGAAGAAGAGGAAGAAGAUGCAUCAAGUUUGAAUGACAGUUUUUCUGUUUAUCCCAAUAACAACAUACCAGAAAAUGCCUAUUUUGGUAAAGGAAACAAAGAUAGGUGGAAAAACUGCCGUCCCCUUUCAGCAGAUGGAAAUUACCGUCCCGUGUCUAAGGCCAGGCAACAGCAAAACAUAAAUAUGCGGCGUCAGGAAAAUUUUCGGUGGAUGUCUGAGCUCUCCUAUGUGGAAGAAAAGGAGCGAUGGCAAGAGCAGAUCAAUCAGUUGAAGAAACAGCAUGAAUUUAGUGUCAGCAUUUGUCAGACUUUGAUGCAGGAUCAGCAGACCCUCUCUUGCCUUCUGCAGACUUUGCUCACAGGCCCCUACAGCAUGAUGCCCAAUAAUGUUGCAUCUUCACAAAUACAUCUUAUUAUGCAUCAGUUAAACCAGUGUUACACUCAGCUGACUUGGCAGCAGAAUAAUGUCCAAAGGUUGAAACAAAUGUUAAGUGAUCUUAUGCAACAGCAAGAACAACAGUGUCAAGAGAAACCAUCAAGAAAGGAGAGAGGCAGUAGUGCACCACCGCCUCCAUCUCCUGUUUUCUGUCCAUUCAACUACCCCCCACAACCUGUGAACCUCUUUAGUGUUCCAGGAUUUACUAAUUUUUCCUCCUUUGCUCCAGGUAUUAACUGUAAUCCAGUGUUUCCAUCUGGUUUUGGAGAUUUUGCACAUAAUGUUUCUCCACGCAGCAGUGAGCAGCAGGAGCAGCAGCAUCCUCUAGAUCAUAAUACUUCUGGGAAAACUGAGUAUAUGGCAUUCCCCAAACCCUUUGAAAGCAGUUCCUCUAAUGGAGCAGAAAAACAAAGAAGGAAUCAUAGACAACCUGAAGAGGAAAUGGAGAAAAGAUCAACUUGGCUUGAUGAUAGCCAAGAAAUGAAGAAAGAUGAUCAGUCUCAGCUGAAUGCUGGUUUUGCAGUUUCAGUACAAAAUACUGCUUCUGGUCAUAAAAAUCAGUGUGAUAUGAGCCGGAGAAGAGAGUUUGAUGAAGAGUCUUUGGAGAGUUUCAGUAGCAUGCCUGAUCCAAUAGACCCAACUACUGUGACAAAGACAUUUAGAUCUAGAAAAGCAUCGGCACAAGCAAGCCUGGCAUCCAAAGAUAAAACGCCCAAAUCAAAGAAUAAGAGGAAGAGUUCUUCUCAGCUAAAAGGCAGAAUUAAAAAUGCUGGUUAUGAAAGUGCAAGUGCUUCUAGUGUGUGUGAGCCCUGCAAGAACAAUAAAAGCAGACACUCUGAUGAUGUGGUUCAUGCAAAGGUGUUCAGCAAAAGGAAUCAGGAGCAAUUGGAAAAAAUAAUUAAAUACAGUAGAUCUACAGAAAUGUCUUCAGCGCAUGCUAGGAGAAUUCUGCAGCAGUCUAACAGAAAUGCAUGCAUUGAAGCGCCAGAAACUGGUAGUGAUCUUUCUAUGUUUGAAGCUUUGCGAGACACAAUUUAUUCUGAAGUGGCAACUCUUAUUUCUCAAAAUGAGUCUCGUCCCCACUUUCUUAUUGAACUUUUCCAUGAGCUUCAGCUGCUAAAUACAGAUUAUCUGAGGCAAAGGGCUCUAUAUGCUUUGCAGGAUAUCGUGACUAGACAUUUAUGUGAGAAAAAUGAAAAAGGGAAGUGUGGAAAAUCACUGAAUUCUUCAACAUGGGUAGCAUCAAAUUCUGAACUCACUCCUAGUGAAAGUCUUGCUUCUACAGAUGAUGAAACUUUUGGUAAGAACUUUUCUACAGAAGCAUGUCGAGAUUGUGAACAACCUGAUGCAGACAAUGGCAGUACUAUGUCUACUUCUUCAAAUUUUGAACCCUUUGCCACCGAUGACCUUGGCAACACAGUGAUUCACUUAGAUAAAGCUUUGUCUUGGAUGAGGGAAUAUGAGCGUAUGAAAGUUGAAGCUGAAAGUACCCUUGACUCUGAGGGCUGCUCUAGUAAUUUUCAGGGUGCUUCUGCUGCUAAAUUAGAAGGUCCAGGAACCGGUGAAAGUCAGUCUGUGCCACAGUCAGGUGAUGUUUCUGCAGUUCCGUGUCCUCGCAUAGAUACUCAGCAGCUUGACCGGCAGAUUAAAGCAAUUAUGAAAGAGGUCAUUCCUUUUCUGAAGGAGCACAUGGAUGAAGUAUGCUCUUCUCAGUUACUGACAUCAGUAAGACGUAUGGUCUUGACUCUUACGCAACAAAAUGAUGAAAGUAAAGAGUUUGUGAAGUUCUUUCAUAAGCAGCUUGGCAGUAUACUUCAGGAUUCACUGGCAAAAUUUGCUGGUAGAAAAUUAAAAGAUUGUGGGGAGGAUCUUCUUGUGGAGAUCUCUGAAGUGUUAUUCAAUGAAUUAGCCUUUUUUAAACUUAUGCAAGACUUGGACAACAACAGUAUUUCUGUAAAGCAGAGAUGUAAACGAAAAAUAGAAACCACUGAAGUAAUGCAGUCUUAUGCUAAAGAGGCAAAAAAAGGUCUCCAGGUGGAUGUUUGUUCUUCUGUUGAAGAUGUCGAUGAGGACAAAGACAAGGACGAGACUGAAACUGCUAAACAAGUGCCGGACUCAGAAGCGGGUGCUGGUAACAGAGUGCCUGAAAAUACUAGAUCUGAUGCAUCUGAUCAAGAGGAAGAUGAGGAAAGUGAAAGUGGUCCAGUGGCAAUAAGUUUAUCAAAAGCAGAAACCCAGGCUCUGACUAACUAUGGCAGUGGAGAAGAUGAGAAUGAAGAUGAAGAAAUAGAAUUUGAGGAAGGACCUGUUGAUGUGCAAACAUCACUACAAGCCAGCAGUGAAACAACUGAAAAUGAACAGACUUCUAACCAAGAGUUGAGUAAGCCAAAAAGUAGUGAAAUUUCAUCAUCAGAACAAGAGCCUGCUAAAGGUGAACAAGAUAUGGCUGCAGCUGUGCAUCAUUACCUCAGUGUCAUGGAGAAUACACCAGCUUUAACAGCCAAUACCCCAGAAUCCUUUGUAACAGCCACUGUGAAAACUGAAGGAUCAAGCUCAUCUUUGGCAGUGAAUGAAACUCAAACACCAGAUACCACACGUGCAGAAAACAAAUCUGGUGCAAGUUCUGAAAGCUCCAUGGCUGGCAGCCCUGAUACAGAGUCACCUGUGCUAGUGAACGAAUAUGAACCUGGUUCUGGAAAUGUAAGUCAAAAAUCUGAUGAGGAUGACUUUGUGAAAGUUGAAGACUUGCCCCUCAAACUUGCUGUGUAUUCAGAGGCAGAUAUAAUGAAGAAAAUGGAAACAGAGGCCCAAACCAAGAGUUUGUCUGAUGAAUUACUGGAUGGAGGUGGAGCUCAAGAUCAAGAAUUAAUUGGAGAUGCCCAAACAUUGAAAGAACCUGAAACUUUUGGAGCUCAGAUUGCAUAAGAAUUACCUGAAGAUGUCUGCACUAAUAAACUCUAUGUAUACAAAUGCAUAAAGAUCAGUACUAAUUUCCCAGAAUUCUGGAAGUGUAUAAAAAUGUAAAAUUUUUAACAUGCUGCCUCUUAGGAUAGGUAUGUGAUCUUCUGCCUGUGGCAGUUUAAACAGCUGGAACUGAAUCCACUUCUAUUCAGUUUUGCUGCACUGUUCUUUUUCUGUCUUAAUUUUUUAUUUUUAUUGUGACUUGUUUGGUAAUUUUAAAAUUGUUCACAAUGGUAGUUUUAAAUAAAGUUUGGACUUGUCUGUAA